CAACUAGCUUGCAAAGAGGAAACACGUUGACAGUGGAUAAAGUGAAGUGUAGUGAUGGCUAGGUUUGUGCUGAUAGUGGUUGUGUUAGUGGUUGUGGAGGCUCACAGGCCUCACCCGAAGCUGCUGAAGUUCGCCUCGGAGGAGACGGAGGGACAGAAUGUUAUUAAGAAAGGUGCAUGCAACAGUACCCACGCUCUGUUAAGGAAUGAUUACAUACUAAAAUCAAAAUGCGGAGAUCCGAAGGAGGUGUUUGUUGAACUUAAACUUCAGGGGUCAUACUUACAGGUGACUCCAAGCGCCGUCUGGGUGAAGCGUUGUGUCGGUCUAUGCGACUACUCGGCCCGCGGGUCACAGUGCGUGCCCACUCAGACGACGAUCGAACAUGUACCGGUCAAAAUAUACAACCUAAAAACGGACAAAUACACGUGUUCAACAUAUGCAGUAGAAGUACACGAAAAAUGCGGAUGCUGUGUCAAAGACUGCGCAGCGCCUAAAGUGUUCAAUCCUCGUAAGUGUUCCUGCCAAUGCCCCAACUUGGAAGAAAGACGAAAUUGCCUCAAAAAGAGGAAUUCGAAUAUGAGGUGGAAUCGAUCUAAGUGCGUCUGCGAACCAAAAAGAAGAGUGACUUGGUGAUGGAAACCCAGUCACGGCCCCUGAUCUCAUAGAAAGUGACUGCAGGGUGAACAGAACUACCAACAGUGAAACAACAAAGUUUUCUCUGAAAAAACUGUUUUGUGACAAAACUUCAAUGUCAGUUGACUGACGCAGAUGUAGUAUUGAAGAAAUUUUAACAGUAUUAUUGGAUAAAAUGGGACCAAAUGGUGCUGUGAGCCUAAGUUCCAUGUAUAGAUUAAUAUUUAGUUCUAAGGUGAUGUAAACACAAACAGUAUUAAUAUGUAUAUUACAUAUUUGUGUGAUUUUUAUGCAUCGAAUGUUCAGUGGUAAGACGAAACCGUGCGUGUGUGGAAUUGGUCUAAGAGACGCGGUAAUGCGUUAUUCCUAAAAUGUGAUAUUUAUUCUGUAAAUUUUAGGGACUUACUACUAGUCAAGUUUUAAUGUAAAUUAUUUAUUUUAUUUGUAAUUUGAAUUUGUAAAUAUUACUCGAUUUGGCUCUCUGUAUGAUUAUAACUUAUGUACGUAUUUUAGGACCUGUUUCGGCAUUAUUUUUAUUUAUUACAUUAUUAAAUAAGUUUAUACAUACGUUGAAUUUGAAGAUUGCGAACGCAACUCCAGUAUUUAUUAAAAUUUAAGAUACACUGAAAUGAAACAGGGCCCUCAUGUAAAUAUUAGUGAAAAUUAAAUUAUUUUAAGAGACUAGUCUGAUAAGUGCCAAAGGCAUGGAAUCUCUAAAUAAUAUGUUACGUUAUGUAUUAUUUAUUGUCACUUGUAAAACUUAAAAAUUGUUUAUUUAAGACGAAUUAUUCUUAUUAUAAUUGAAAUGAUAUUUAAAUAAAAGUAGCAAUGAUAGUAAAUAUAACAAAAUUGACGAUUUUCAAUGUAUAAAAAGUAGAAAUUCAGGAGAAAUAAUACUAUUUCAUGUGCUCAUGAAUAUGGUUAGAGACAUUUGAGAAUUGAGUUGAUUUUCAACUUGGAGUUUUAUUUAGUUUCUGUUAUAUUCCAUCGAUAUAGAAACUUGUGCUUUUAUUGUAUAUAAAUAAUAGAAAUGUAGGUUUAUUUUAAUUAACGAUACUUUAAAUUUAUGUUACCUGUCCACUGGUAGGAUUUUAAUGAAAAUUAAGCUUUAAAGUAUUUAAGUGAUCGAAUCACGUUAGUUGUAAGACAAAGUGAAAUUAAAU